CUUAAUUCCUUAAAACCCUAACUCUGAGCAGACCCUUGUAGAAGUUAAUUCAGGCUUUCAGCAGCUUCCUUUAUCCUUUUAUUUUUUUUUUCUUUGGCUACUAUAGAAAAUUCGUUUUUUAGGGGCUUCCGAACGAGCCUGUUUAUGAGCUCGAUAACGAGCCGAUUCCUCCUUCUCCCAAAUCUUGAAAUAAGGAUAUAAAAAAUCAUGUCUUUAGAUGUGUCUGGAAAAGAGACCCAACAACCAACGCCACCAAGUGCUGGUCAUAACGGAAACGGCGUGGCGGUGUUGCCGAGCAUGGCGACUACGCACCGGUUACGGCUGAACCCUAACACGGAGCACAAGCCGGAGACUUACGAGGGUUUGCAGUUGGAGUUCAGUCCGCUUCUGUUCAGCUCCCUGGAACGUUACUUGCCUCCUCCGAUGCUCUCACACUCUCGCGACUCCAAGCUCCAUUACAUGCGCGAUAUUAUCCUUCGUUACUCUCCUGAAGGCGAACGUACUCGCGUUCAAAGGCAUCGAGAAUACAGGCAAAAGAUUAUAUCACACUAUCAGCCUCUGCAUAGGGAAUUGUAUGCCAUGCAUGCCUCAAACUUCUUUGUCCCCUCAUUUCUCAAAGCAAUUAAUGAGAAUAAAGAGGAAAGUUUUAGAAGUAUAAUGGCUGAACCUGCUCUAGGGGUUUUUACAUUUGAAAUGCUUCAGCCCUGUUUCUGUGAAUUGUUGUUAUCUGAGGUAGAAAACUUCGAAAAAUGGGUCCAUGAGACAAAAUUCAGAAUCAUGCGACCAAACACAAUGAACAAAUUUGGUGCUGUUUUAGAUGACUUUGGUCUGGAGACCAUGCUUGACAAGUUGAUGGAGGACUUUAUCCGACCUAUAUCCAAAAUUUUCUUUUCUGACGUGGGUGGAUCUACACUGGAUUCUCAUCAUGGUUUUGUUGUUGAAUAUGGAAUUGACAGGGAUGUUGAGCUUGGUUUCCACGUGGAUGAUUCAGAAGUCACCUUAAAUGUUUGCUUGGGUAAACAAUUUUCUGGUGGAGACUUGUUCUUUCGAGGUGUUCGUUGUGAUAAACAUGUCAACACGGAAACCCAGUCCGAUGAAAUUUUGGAUUAUUUCCAUGUUCCUGGACAUGCAGUUCUUCAUCGUGGGCGCCAUAGGCAUGGUGCAAGAGCCACAACAUCUGGUCAUCGGGUCAACUUACUUUUGUGGUGCAGAAGUUCGGUGUUCCGUGAGCUGAGGAAAUAUCAGAAAGAUUUCUCAAGCUGGUGUGGAGAGUGCCAACGUGAGAAAAAAGAAAGGCAGCGUGUCUCAAUUGCCGCUACCAAACAGGAAUUACUGAAGAGGGAAGGGAAACCUGCGUCUUGAACUCAGUAUUAGCUUUUGUGGAUUAUUGCAAAAUUUGUUUUUCUUAUUUUGUUGUUAGUGGUGCACUUAUGAAGGUGUUGUGUAUCUUCAUUGUUUUGUACUUCAAUGCUGUAAAUUCGCAUCAUCUUGUUUGACCGAGUGUGAAGGCCAACUAGAACCAUAACUAAACUCCUCUUUUGUAGUAACAGUUGAAUGUGUUUUUUCCAUUUUAGAAUGGCAGUUGUUUGCUUCUGUUUCAGACUUCAAAA